UAAAUUUAAUGAGCACCCGGUAGUCUUUUAUCAUUUUUCUGAAAAAAGUGUUUUGUUUUUUCAAAAUUUUUGUGUAAUGAUUAGAGUUCUGAUCGAAAUUCGAAAGGUUUUUUGAUGGAUUAUAUGAUUUAAAAAUCACCUGACGAGUGUACUCUAUAGUCUAUAUUUUAAAGCAAUACGUUUUGUGUUAAGUCGUUUAUUUUGUUCGCUAAAGUCAUCCGGCAAAAGAAAUAUUCAGCACCGGACUUCAUUUUAACAUGCUGUGAUCGAAUUUGUUGCAGCAGUAUUAAUUUGUAAAUAUCUUCGCAAUGAAUUUCGAUUUCACCGUACAUCCGGACGUUUACAAAGCAUUACUCAACGUAGACGUUAAUUCAUUGAAAAAAUUCACGUCGAAACAGAUCAGAUCCAUAUUACCAUGUCUCGUUCGUAUGGGUCUAAUUACACCGGUAGAUUCCACCGGAAAAUGCCUAGAGAAUCGUAGAGAAAUAUUGACCAUAUUAUCGAGCAUCGAAGCUGUUAACUUGAUAGUUAGUUUAUUAUCAGUGGAUUUCCAUGCAUUAGAAGUGAAAGUAAAACAGGAGCAAAAUCUGAGAAAAAAAUUAGGUAAUUCUCAAGGAGACAGUGUCUUGGCAGAACCCUGUGAUAAUGGAUUGGCUUUACAAUUUGAACGUAGUGAUUCGAUGGAAAGACUGCGAUUAGUUUUAUGCGAACUGUUGUACAUUGGUAGUCAGGUAUCAGAAUUUCAAAAGAAUGCCAAUGAAUUUUAUAUCAAGAGUUCCGAAUUGUUCGAUAAUGCUGUAUAUAUUCCCGAAGUAUGCGAUGUUAUUAAUGUCGCCUUGGCUGAGUUACCAGCUUUACUCACUAUUCAAGAUAUUGCUCAAACCCUUUUACAUGUUAAACAUGGUCCAGAUAUAAUAUGUUGGAUUGUGGCUAAUUUUCCCGAUUGUUUUUACGAUGUCUGUAUGAACUUGAUACAAAAUUCCGAUAAAAUAGAAGAUGAAAAUGGAGGAACAAAGAUAAGAAUGGAAACUUUAACAGCUCUAUGUAGAAUGUACCCUGAAGGAGCUUAUGUGAUACGUUCCAAAUGCGUCGAGCUAUGCAAACUACCAGCUCUCACUAUAACGUUAACUUUAGAUUUCCCGGAAUGUUCCAAAGGUGAAUUAGGUAGUAAUUAUUCGAAAACUGGAGGCGACAUUGUUCCAUUCGUAUCCGGAUUAUUGUUAGGAAACGAUCAGUCUGUUCGCAAUUGGUUUUCUAUGUUCACACGUGGCAGGCUGAAAAAUGUGAAAGAGAGUAAUGUGGCUUUGCAACGUCUUCGAGAUGAAUUAAUCUCUCAGCUGAGAACUCUCGUCGGCCAGACCAAGGAUAGUAAUAAAAUUCCGUACUUUAGCGUAGUUCAUGGAUCAGUUUUACUCCGAUUAUAUUGCGCUUUGCGUGGUAUUGCCGGAAUUAAGGUUCAAGAUGAAGAAAUAUCGUUAUUGAUUAAAUUAAUGACUAUAUGCCUUCCUCCAUCUCCCGAGGGUGUUAGAUUUGUAUCCAUUGCUGUCUGCAUGUUGUUCGCGUGCCCUUCUCUGAUCAGCCAAACGGAAUAUGAAACUAAAGUGAUUCACUGGUUGAAAUGGCUCUCCGGCGGAGACUCGCCUUUCUUCGGAAAGCCGACGGAUAUCACCACAUCGUUCAGCGAAAUGUUGCUCCUGUUGGCUAUUCAUGUCCAUAGUGGUCAGCUGACUGCUAUAAGUGAUUUGGUGUGUUCAACUUUAGGCAUGAGAGUGUCAAUUCGUAACACGAAUUUGUCUCGUAUUAAGGUUAUGUUCAUGCAAGAAGUCUUUACCGAACAAGUGGUCACUUCUAGAGCUAUUAGUAUUCUAGUAACACCUAAUUUGAAUGCAAAUAUUCAUGGAUUUUUACCAAUUCACUGCAUUCAUCAGUUAAUGAAAAGUAGAGCUUUUUCCAAACAUAAAGUCAACGUCAAAGGAUGGAUUUAUAAACAAAUUUGCGCUAGCACCGUACCUUUGCAUCCUUUACUACCCUCUUUGAUUGAUGUUUACGUUAAUUCUAUGCUGAACAUAAGCAAUAAACUACCAUACGAAUCUGUGGUCAAUGAAAGAAUUACCGAAGAAGAGAUAAUGGCUGUGUUCAAAGAUUCAUUGUCGCAUGCGGAGAAUCACGAAACAAAAACCAAAUCGUUCAUGCCUCAGUUGCUCCUGCUUUAUUACAUUUUAUUGUACGAAGAUGUUCGAUUAUCGAACACUCAGAACUAUGCCAACGCCAACAGAGUAGUGAAGAGUUAUUCUGCUGAAUUUUUAUCGGAGUUCCCAAUCAAGUAUUUAUUGCAACAGGCUCAAAAAGAUCAACAGUGUUAUUCCGGUCUUUUUUCUUCGCUACUACGUCUGCUUGCGACUCAUUUUCCUCAUUUAUCUUUGGUGGAAGAUUGGUUAGAAGAUGAAGAUUCAUCGCUGACUUUUGUUUCCACCAGAGUGAUCUCAGAAGAGUCUCUAGCCGAAGCUUUACAAAAUAUGUCCACAUGUCCAUCGAGAGCUUCUGGUUUAUUGACAACUCUAUUAACGAUUCCUUUGAAAGAAAUGUGGCCGUAUGUGAAUAUUUUCAUGAAAUAUUUAAGAUCUACGUUGGAUAAAAAUGUUCCUUUAUACGUUCAAGAACUAUACAAAAAGGUAUGGUUGAGAUUCAACAGUGUAUUACCGAGAAGUUUGUGGGUAAUGACGAUAAAAGCUUUACUUCACGAAGAAGCCACAUUACCUUCUGUACCACCGAAACAAGAAAAAAUCAUCAUAGACCCGUUACAAAUAUUACGAUGUGACGAUCGCGUAUUUAGAUGUCCUGCUGUGCUAAGCAUCGUAAUUAGAGUACUCCAGUCUUCGCUUGCAGCUUCACGAAGUCAACUUAGUCGACAUUUGAUGGACGGUCCCUUAUCAGCAAUUCAAUCUAAUCAAGUGAUCACCAUAGGAGGGUUAACUACUGACGUUGAGAGAGAAGAAUUGAAAAACGCUUUAAUUGCAGCUCAAGAAAGCGCCGCUCUUCAAAUACUACUGGAAUCUUGUUUAGAAACCGACGACGAUAUUGAAUCUAAAGCUCAACGAUGGUCACUUCGCGAAGUCCAAAGCAUCAUAUGUUCAUUUCUACAUCAAACGUUUAUUGCUGAUCCAUCGCUGUGUAAAUUAGUUCAUUUUCAAGGCUAUCCUCGCGAACUACUUCCUGUAACGGUGACCGGUAUUCCGUCAAUGCACAUUUGUGUGGAUUUUAUCGCCGAAUUGAUCAGUCAACCUUCGCUAGAGAAACAAGAAUUCGCCGUUGACUUAAUUUCACAAUUAGCUCUGCAAUACGCGUUACCUCAUUCGAUGAUGGUUUCUAGAUUAGCCCUCAAUACCUUAACAGCUCUGUUAACAGCUCUUCCGGCAUUCUGUAGAACAGAACUGUUCGUAAAUACGCUUCCGGCGUUUGCCCGCAUUUGCGAAGCAUUUCCACCGUUAAUCGAAGAUACUAUUAUAUUAUUAAUUCAACUUGGAAAGAUAUCAAUAUCGGAGACUGCGCUAAAAGGAGGAUCAGUUAGUUUGAGUAUGACUGCGUCUCUGGAUGAUGGUUAUCUAUCCGAUGGAUCUAAUUCAAGUUGUGUGCUCAAAUCGAACGAUUGUUUGUAUAAAGGUGUCGAAGAAGUUUUUGCUUUGAUUAUAUCCAAAGCUGUGCUUAAACAUAAGAUUUAUUGAUAAAUUAUUUGUAUUAUAUUGUUCAAAAGUACCCAGGCUAUUUAUUUAUCAGUUUUGUAAACGUGAAUUCUAUUUGUGUAAAUUGUAAAACUUUGUGAUAGUAAAGUUUCUACGAUUUUUUAUCUAA